AUGGGCUGGCAGGAUCUCGGCCGAAUCAUCAAAACUGUGGUCAAGACCUUCAAGUAUUUCUUCGGCCUGAGAUUUGAGGUGAAGGGACUGGAGCACUUCGAGGUGGAGGGCCCUGCAAUCAUUGUGUCCAACCACCAGAGCACGCUUGACAUGAUGGGGCUGAUGGAGGUCCUGCCUGAUGACUGUGUCCAGGUGGGCAAGAAAGAGCUGAUGUACGCCGGCACUGUGGGGCUCAUCAUCUACCUCGGUGGUGUCAUCUUCAUCAACAGGAAGAGCACCACCAGCGCCAAGAUGGUGAUGGCAGAGGUGGCCAAGACUAUGGCAACGGACAAUGUGAAGGUGUGGGUGUACCCAGAGGGCACGAGGAACUGCACAGGGGAUUUGCUGCCAUUCAAGAAAGGAGCAUUUCACCUUGCUGUCCAGGCACAGGUCCCAGUGAUCCCCGUGGUGUAUUCCUCCUUCACCACCUUCUAUAACCCAAAGAAGAAUCUGUUUACAUCAGGCACAAUCAAGGUUGAAGUCCUGCCUCCAAUAGAGACCAAAGGCCUGACAUCAGAUGAUGUCUCUGACCUCACUGACAGAUGCUUCCACAUCAUGAGGGAGACCCUGUUCAGGCUGUCAGGCCGUCCAAGUGAGGCGAAGGACUCGUCCUAGAUGCUUCUCCAGUGGCGUCACCGUGUGGUGGUGGCUGAAGGAACCUGUCUGUUGCCAAAUACCAAAGGAACUUUUCUUCCUCUGCAGUGACUUCUAACUCUGGGAACACCAUGGACUGGCACACACAGGGUGUUGAGCCAGCACUGAGGUUCCUCAUUGAGUGGAUUUCUCUUAUGGGUUCAUUAUCUUGCAAUGAAACGUCUCCUUUUUCUGAAUUUCUCAGGCAUCAAACCUGUGCUACCAAAGGGCUCAGUGACUGGAGAGGUGAGUUCCCCCAGCUCAGGCAGCUGGCAUGCUGCUCAGACAGGGCUGAGAAUCAGGUGAAAAUCCAGACUCUGUCUCUUCAGCAGCACUGGGAGCGCAGCGUCCUCCCUGGGCAGCCCGGAGCGCUGCCAUCCGGCAUGGUGGAGCUCACGGGCGGUCUCUGGGGCCAGGCCUGUCUCCUUGAGAGAUGCCUUUGGGUCCCAGCAACAUCUUGUGCUGGGGCUUUAUGUUGCCCAGGCACUCCUAAGCCAGGUCUUUUACUUCCGAAGAAAGCACCUAGGGCCAAUAACCCCAGCUGGGCUGCAAAGGGGGAUGUGUGGGGCCAGUCAGCCUUAAAAUGUCUCUUCAGGCUCAAUUGCCUUGUCUGAACAAGUGCCCUUGCUCGCUGAGGGGUGCAGCAGUGGGGAGGAAGCUGUGGUCUGACCAGCUGGUGUAUAUGGUCUGGGCAGAGUUUAGCUGAAUGCUGUCUGGCCUCGCUGGUUUGGUCCUCUUCUGAAUGAAACCCCGUGCUUGUUUCUACCAGUCAGCGCCACCAGCUUGAUUUUUAAAAGCUGCACAGAUCUGUCAGUCCUGGGCCAACCUGUCCUCACAUGUGACUCGUUCAUGGCAGACCUCUGGACAUGGGGUGUGUGUGACAUGUGCCUGGGUUGGCUCGGAGCUUCCCUGGGGUUUGGAAACUGCUGCCAACUCCCUGCCGUGGUCUGACCUGCUCACAGGGGUGCCCGCAGUACCCCUUGCGGAUGCAAAGAGCUCUGGCAUGCUGGUUUUGUCACUUGUCAUGGUCAGCAGUGGCCGAAAGAUGGUGCCUGUCCCGCGUGUCUUUGUGCAGCUCUCAGUGGAGCUGCUGCUCUGCAGGGCUUGUGAAACUCCUGCAGAGCUGUGGGGCGGGUGAGCUGCAACUGCAAUGGGGCGUGGAAGGCUUCAGUUCUCCCUUUGGGGGAAAGGGGCUCCUUCCCCUGUUCAGAUAAAGGGGUUUCCCCUCUGCUUUGGGGUGACAGACCAGCAGGGCUCCUCAAUUCCCUUGCUGGGAGCUGCAGAAAUGUUGAUGGCCUCUGCAAAGAGCAAGGCUGGGUCAGGUCUGUGGUUCCAGGGGGUAAACCUUCACCUCUGAUUCGGGUUCAGGGAGGCUGUAGCCCUCCUGUUCGUGCUGCAGGGUGUAUAACCAUGAUAAAAGCUGCCUGGGGCUGCUCGGGUAACCAACACAGCCAGCUUUGGCAGCCUGUCUGGGCCUGUGUUGGUGGAAUUGAGGUCUUGGGGCAUUUGGGGCUUAAAGCCUCAACGGGGAAGAACAGGGAGUUCCCGUAGAGCCAGUGGUCCCCAAGGGAGGGAGCCCUCGGGCUGAGCUGGUGCUGGCGGGGACCUUCUCGGAGGGGCCUUACAGUACAGACUCGGGGGUCAGAGCCUCCCUGGGACAGGUCGGGGUGGGAGGAUGGGAACCGAACCAGCACUUUGUAAGAGCAGCAGAUAAAGGGCUGUCAUGGAGGUUAAACCCGGGCGGCUCCCGGUGGGGAUAACCACAGCCAUGGAGGGACUCCUGCAGCAUCCUUCCCUGGGAGGAGGGAGCGGUGCCUCUGUGUGCAGUUAUCUGCUGUUUGCUUUUAAUU